AUGCCGAAGAGGGGCUCGAGGUUUGGGAGCGCGGGUGGCCCGCUCAGGAUGGCGGUCGGCGGGCUGCGAUGCAGGAUCGGGCGGCGGGCGUGGCGGCAGGCCGGCGAGGCGGGCGGCGGGCGGCUGUGGCUGGACGGCGGGGCGAAGGGGAUGGCGCCGGUGGGGGUGCCGGAGGAGCCGGUGCAGUCGGCGAAGAGCGCCCUGACGGACCUAGCGGAGCUUUUCCAGGGCAACUUCUUCCCGCCCCUGCUCGCGCGCGCGCUCUCCGACAAGGAGGUCGUCCGCCUGAGCACCUCCAACAAGGCCCUCCAGCGCCUGCUGGCCCCCGAGGUCCAGGAGAUCCACGAGAAGGCCCGCGGGCGGGACGUGGCGGAUUGGCUAAUCAAGCGCGACGGGCGGGUCGACUCGAUCCAGUUCCUGCUGUGCAUGUCCUACGCGCUGGUGCGGUCGAUCGCCUGCGGCGACAUGCUGCCCUUUGACCGGUUCAUCGGCGCCAUGGCGUUCGGCUCCCGGGGCUUCCACGCCGACGCCGUGGGCUUCAACUCCAUCCACGACAUAUUCGACUCCGAGGGGGAGGAGGAGGACGAAGCGGAGCCCUGGUUCUACUGA